AGUAAGUUGUUUGGCCUUUAGCUGAAAGUGUUUGGUGGAUCGUAGUAAAUCCAAGUGAGAAAGGAAAAAAGUGCCCAAGCCGAAAGUGUAUUGUAAGUUAAAAGAAAGAAAAGAACAAACAAGGACUCUCAGGUGUGGAGUUUUGAAGUGAAAAAAAAACCUGGAAUACGAAGAUACAGAAACUCAUACAGUGAAGUGUGAUUUAAAACUGAUUUCUUACACAGCAUAGUUAUCAGCCUGUAGAACCUAAGGAAGUUGGUUCAGCCAAAAAAUAAAAGACGCAGAAUAAGCACGAACAAUUAUUUCAACUUUGUAUUAGUUAUUGAAAGGAAAGAUUGCAAAAAUGGUUUUGAGAAGCAAGGAAUUCGCCCGUUACAUCUUCCAGAAUCAGCACAAACUGAUCCAGCAGCUGCUGCAGACGCAGGUUCGACUGUGCAGCGGAAGUUCCCAGCAGGUGCAACCGGCGUUGCGCAUCGAUGAGUACGAUGCACCACGGAUAUCGCAGACCGCACCGUUGGCAGCACCCUUCCCGAUGAAGAUCGAACAUGCGGCUGACGUGGGCGAACAGUUUAAGUAUUCCGAUCUGACGGUUCGGUUGGCCGCACCGCAUCAGCUACACCCGAAACCGGAUGCGGACGAUUUGUCCUUCGGUAAGCACUUCACCGAUCACAUGCUGAAGAUUGCCUACCAUCGGCGGCUCGGGGGUUGGCAAAAGCCGGAAAUCACCCCGCUGGAAACGUUGAACCUGCACCCGGCCGCUAAGGUUUUCCACUAUGCCGUUGAGCUCUUCGAAGGCAUGAAGGCAUACCGCGGCGUGGAUGGCCGAAUUCGAAUGUACCGUCCUGAUAUGAAUAUGGCGCGCAUGAACGUGACAGCACAUCGCUCCGGCCUGCCCACCUUCGACGGAGAAGAACUCAUCAAAGCUAUGUGCCGGCUGAUUGAGAUUGAUUCCGAAUGGGUACCGCACACACAGAAUGCCAGUCUGUAUCUACGUCCGACUUUAAUUGGAAUUGAACCAACACUCGGAGUUGCUUCGUCGGAAUCCGCUUUACUUUAUACGAUCCUGUCACCAGUCGGAAGCUACUUCAAACCCGGAAGCGGUGGAUUGAAGUUGUACGCCAAUCCAAACUAUGCACGAGCCUGGCCAGGUGGAGUUGGUGACCGUAAGGUCGGGUCCAAUUAUGGUCCUACGAUUCACGUUCAGAAAGAGGCACUCAAAAAUGGUUGCCAUCAAGUGCUAUGGCUGUACGGAGAUGAUCACCAGCUAACGGAAGUUGGAGUCAUGAACAUUUUUAUGGUUUAUAUCAACGACAAUGGAGAAAAAUGUUUGGUCACACCUCCUUUGGAUGGCCUGAUUCUGCCGGGAAUUACCCGCGAUUCCGUACUGAGAUUGUGCCGCGAGUGGGGAGAGUUUGAGGUUAAGGAAGAAAAGUUCACAAUGCCCCAGGUUCGUCAGUUGGCGCAGAAGGGACGGUUGUUGGAACUGUUCGGAGCUGGAACAGCUACCGUCAUCAGCCCAAUCGAAUGGAUUGCCUAUGAAGGUGAGGAUAUCCAUGUGCCCACCGAAAGUCAGGAAUCUCCAGUAUACCGACGAUUGUACGACACGUUGACGGGGAUUCACUAUGGCAAAAUCGAGCAUCCGUGGGCGGUAGCGAUAAACUGAUUUUCGGCAUUAUCGUAAUCGCUAUAAUAUAGCAUUCCGAAAAAAUGCUUGUUUAGAGUAAGUGAGAUGAGUUGUUAUAGUGAAAAACAGGUGUUAGUACUAGCUGGCGAGCCAGCUAGAAAAGACAAUAUUAGUCUACAGAAUUCUUUCGACAGUGCAUGUGUAAAUAUUAGUUAAGACCCUGCGAUGAAGGAUUCUUCUAACUGUUUUGAUUACUAUAUUUAAAGUUUAUGAUCAUUAUUAGCUCAUAAGAUAGACCAGCCAUUGCUUGGUCAUCAACGAAACGUUCCAAGCGAACUCAAAGUGCCUUGACAGGAACUAGAAAUCGUAAUAUGUAUGUAUUUAUUUCUAUUACAUUAACGAUUGUGAUUCGUCAUUUAUGGUCUCUUUCAAACCAUAGAUCUACUUAAACCUAGAGAUCUUAAUCCAGAUUACGAAUGUGCUAGCAGCAUUUACUAGAAUACAGAUCUUUCAAGAAGGAUAGGUACAAAUACAUAAGUUUCCAUUUCAUACUCACAUACGAUGGUCUCACUGCCUCUCAAAAGAAAGGAUGUGAUAACAACAAAAAUAACUAACUCAGGAACCGAAAUUGGUAUCAUCGUAUGUUGCAAUACUCGAAUCAACCCAAAAGAAACAUUUUUGCUUUUCUCGCCAAACGGAAACGCGGGGCGCGCGAGCGAGGAACGAGCUGUUUUUAUUUAUGCUGCAGCAUCGAAAGCCACGCGAUUGAAAUAUUUCGAUCGAAAUAUUUCACGACCAUUCGCGCGCCUCUUCUGCUUGAUGCAAGCUCGCGCGUGAGCGCGAGAUGAGAAAGUAUCAGGAUAGAAUGAAUAGAACGUAACAUGCUGCUGAGCUUUCUUUUGCUAGCUUAAAGCUCAAACCUCAAUUCGGCCUUAUCUUUUUUUUCCGAUGGAAGAUCGUUUCCGGUUAGGUCAUUUCUGCUAGAAUAAAAUUGUAAAUUUUCUAAACCACCCUGCGUCUGCGGCGGUUGGCUGGUUUGUCGUACAAAACGAAAAAGUGCAUUUCAAAUUUGUAAAUAUAUUGGUUAAAGUUUAAGGAUUUGGAUACCGGUAGGGACCUAAACUGACCGUGUGAGCGUCGAACCAACGGUUUUGUGCUUUAGUUGUAGGUUUAGUUGAACGAAAGCUGCUUUGCUGUGGUUUAACUGUAGAUAAACAAACCUUUUUGUACUAAAAUCGACGAAGUAUCAAAAUUUAAAAAAAGUAAAUAAAAAUA